AUGUUUGCUGAUGAUGUCAAGCUACCAGGGAAGAUAAGGAACAUGGAGGAUUUUCUUGCCCAUCAACAAGACCUAGACAAAGUGGCAGAUGGUACUGAUAAUGGUGAGGAUAAUAGUGUCCUUUUGGGUGGCAAUGUUGCUGGAGGAAUGGCUGGUCCACGACGACAAUACACUUGUCCAUUAUGCCCAAAGGCCUUUCUCUUCCCAUCUCAUCUGGAACGUCACGUUCGUACUCACACAGGCGAACGCACCUUUGCCUGCCCAUAUUGCCCACAUCGUGCUGCACGUAAAGAUCACCUAGACGUCCACCUUCGCACUCAUUCUGGGGAAAAGCCAUUUGCUUGUCCACAUUGUCCUUUUAGGACUGCCUUCAGGAGUAGCCUUGAUGGCCAUCUUAGAACCCAUACCACUUAA